AUGUCAACAAUACGGUCCCUGACGUCUUUCAAGCUCGAUCUUCCGCCCAGCUGUAUCGAAUUCUUUCCUCUCAAUCCUGAGUAUGCCGUCAUCGGAACGUACAACCUCGAAAAGUCUGAUGAGAAAGAAUCUGCGGGUAGUGCCCCUCACGAUGGCAAAGUGAGCGCCAAAAACCAGCAGCGCAAUGGCAGCUUGAUACUAGUGCGUGUUGAUAGAGACAACGUAAGCAAUAUAAUUCAGACACUCUCCACUCCUUCGGCCAUACUGGAUAUACAUUUCUUAACGCAUGUUACGAGCUCAAAUUUUGGCGUUGCGACCUCAACUGGAGCUUUCGCCAUCUACGAGCUCAAGUCAUGGCAGCGAGAUCCUGAGAUCAGUCACAUCAAAACUAUUCAAUACUUCCCCGAAGAUGUACUCAUCACCGCAUUCUCAUGGCACCCAGAGUCCUUCAUGGUUGGUAUGACACUGUCCAGUGGGCAUGUAUGUCUCGGAGUGAUAGAUACCGAAGACGAAUCAGAUGCGCCUACCAAGAUGGAGGUUGUUUCGCACGACCUGGAAGCGUGGACCCUGGCUUUCCUGCCAGAUGGCUCAGGGCUACUGUCGGGUGGAGAUGACAGCACACUUCGCUUUGCCGAACUCGCAGACGGUUCUGGAGGAAGCGUGCCCUGGAUGGAUGGGAAGAUUCACGGUGCAGGUGUUACGGCCAUUCUUCCCAUUCAUCUAGACACUGAGGGUGGUCUAGUCGUUACUGGAAGUUAUGACGAUCACAUUCGACUGCUUCACGUACCCAUAUCUGGCCGCCGACAAGUUCUCGCAGAGAUGAACCUUGGAGGUGGGGUGUGGCGGUUGAAACUCCUCGAUCGAAACCCAAAGUUGCCAGCGCAUCACGGCGUGGAGAAGUGGAGAUCGGAGCCACCACCAGAGGCCAUUCUUCUGCUUGUCAGUUGUAUGCAUGCCGGUACGCGCAUCGUAAGGCUUACCAAGAGCGCAUCCAAGGAUUGGCAGAUUGAAGUCCUGGCCAAAUUCGAGGAGCAUGAGAGCAUGAACUAUGGAAGCGACUCUCAGCCAGCGUUAAAUAGUCAAGGCCAGCGAACAUUCAUAUCCACGAGCUUCUAUGAUCGUCUUCUUUGUCUCUGGAGAUAUUGA